UGUAACUGUACACGAAAUCCUGACCUUUAAACUCAGGUUUAGCCUCCUUUUAUAGUCUAUUGCGUUUCAGUGGGAUCUCAGUCCAAAACCAUCAUGCAGAAUCUGGACAAACUCUCAAGAACUUUCCACUGUGGGAGUGCACACCUUCAACUCUGCAGCCAGUGACUAUUUAACGUCUUUUUUUUUUUUUGAGCGUCUUUAAUCAGUUCACCUUUACACAUCAUGCGAAGCGUUAGUAGCAGAUGGCGUAGAAGUUUGAGUGUGUGAAGCUGCUGAAGAAAAGUUGUUCCCCGAGCUCCUCUGUCGGGUCUCCUCACCUGAUUUGCACACCACUCCCAGGCGGUGCAGAUCGACUUUCCGCUUCCCCGCGUCAGGAUGGGCUCCCUGGUGCUUACACCGGGAGCUCUUCCUACUUGGAAAGCCACGAUUUUCCUCUUCAACAUUAUCUCAGCUGCUGUAGCCAAAAGACACGUCGUGUACUGGAAUUCUACAAACACAAGGUUAACAGCAGGAGAUCUCUCCAUCCAGGUGAAUCUGAACGACUACCUGGACAUCUACUGUCCCCACUUCCCCAACAAGGAAACUUUGGGCCAUGGGCAGCCGGAGACGUUGGCCCUCUACCUGGUGGGAGAGGCGUCGUUCCAGGGCUGUGUGGAGACCAGGGGGGCUAUCAAGAGAUGGGAGUGUAACUCCCCCUAUGCUGCAUAUGGACCAGUUCGCUUCUCUGAGAAGAUCCAAAGAUUCACACCCUUCUCACUGGGGUUUGAGUUUCUGCCGGGGCACCACUACUAUUACAGCUCUCUACCCACAGAUGAAGGCCCUCUUCUGCCAUGUAUGAAGUUGCGCGUCACCGUGUGCUGUGAGCCCACAUCAGAGGGUUCAAAACAAAUACAAGAAACCGCACUUCAAAGCAGUGCUUACUCACUGAGGACAGCUUCACUUCCACUCCUCCUCAUCCUCGCCCUCCUUCCGCUGACUACCUGACUUCCUUGUCUGUCCUCACCGCUGACCUCGCUCCUGUUUUCCGAAGGAUUGGGAGUCAUUACUCAGAUGUUCAAGUACACAAUGCAAUCUACGCUCAGUCAGUGAAUGACACAAUGCAAUCUAUGCUAAGCUAUUACAAAUGACACAUAUUACCUUGUGGCCGUUUUACCUGUGAAAUUCCAGAAAGAAUCGGGUGUCUUCUCCAAAACGGGGCCACAGUGACUCAGGGACUGACACGCCGAUUCCCAGUGAUUCAUUUCUUGUUAUUUUCUUCUCCCACCUGUUGUGUAAGUAGUACCGCAGAAUAUUACACACAGGCCUAGUCAUAAGACUCAUAUCCCACUCUUCUUCUGCCAGAAGAACAAUGAGUCUGUCUGGACUUGUUCCAACAAAGUUUUCUCACUUUUUCAUCUCUGUUUCCCAUCCCGUUUCUCAUUUUUUGCGUAUUUUGUUGUAUUUGCUUCUUUUUGAGAAUUUGCCUCCAGUUGAAAAUUGGCCAAAUAAAUAAAUACUACUGCACUGAGUGGCUCAGGUUGGAGGCCAAUCAGUGAGCUGGUGACUUUCUUUCUUUCCUGACAUGCUGUAUAUGGGCAGACACAUAUAACUUACUCAUUUGAUAACUGCCUAAUUUGUUUGAUAAAUGUGUUAAACUUUUAUUACUAAUUAACUUUUAUUACUAAAAAAAAAAAAUGGGCAUUUUAGGAGGAAAUGGGGAAUAUUCUGGAAUAGUCAGGCAAGGCUGCUGCGCCCCCUACUGGGAUUAAACUGGUUUAACUGGAAUUGGACUGGGUUGGACAUAACCCCAGAAACUGGACACUAUAUUCUGGUUGUGUAUGGUGAAAAUGGGACCUGGGACUAAGUUUGUUCCUCUCUGAUUGGACCCCCUGUUGUUCUGCCUCCCCACCCCUCUCUCUGCAUCACAAUAAAGCGCAGAAUGGGAGGGUAUAUGGGUAAACAGAGAGCAUCAAGAUGUCUCUCUUCACUGAACACACUGCAGACCACUGAGGAGGCUUACUGUUUGAUGCUUCUGUUGACCUACCAUUUGUGCAGAUAUGCACGCAAGCUUUUUGUUAAUGUUGUUCUUUUUUUUUUUUUACACAGGAUCCUUGAUUUUAGGUUUUACUGUAUAGUUAAUAUAUCCUGCACAAUGAGAUAUAUUAACUAUAUGUUUCUAUGUUUUAGUAAGAAUUGAUCGUUCUGAUAUUUAAGUACAUACACAAACCGUGAUUUAUAGUCUGGCUAUAUGAAUUUACUGGAUUAUUUUCAAUACACUCUGCUACAAUGUAGUUCAACAAUUUAUUUUUUUUAAUAUUUUUUUUUCCUUUUCUUUUUUUUGCCAAAUUGUUUUUAUUUUUUAAAGAAAUAACUCUAAUUGAC